CACAAUUGCAGGCGAGCGGGGAGCAGGACGCGCUUGCGCGUCGCCUGCCUUUCUCUCUCUCUCUCUUUUCUUUUCCCUGGCCUUCUUUCUUUUUGCUUUUUUUUUCUUGAAUUUCGCCAUUACCGGUCUCCAUUAUUAGUCCAAGCCCUCGACCAUCCAACGACUGUACGUGUUGUAAUUGUCCUCGAUCAGAUCAGGACGAGGCAAACAAACGCACGACGAGUUUCUCACCGCUGCUCCUUUCUCUCUCUCUUUUUCCUUGUCCGUCAAUCGAUCGAUCGUAGCAACUCGUCUGGGGGACCCUUCGUUCGUUCGCCAGGGGUUGUUGUGUCGCAACCAACACGCGAAAAUUCGGACGAGCAGCGGCUUCGCGCAUUUGACACGGCCAGCGAGCGCCCUUCCUUUCCGGACGAGGCGAGACUAGACGGAGCUUUCAGAGUAGGAAGCAACCACUUCAGAGCGAGAGAAAGAGAGGGAGGAAGGAUACGAUGGCGGGACAUCACGAACCAUCGUACGAGGACUACGUCGAGAGGAUACACUACAGCGAAAAGUACUCGGACGACCAUUGGGAGUAUCGCCAUGUCAUUCUGCCCAAGCCGAUGCUCAAGCUCAUCCCGCGGGAGUACUUCGACCCCGAGGAGCCGGGCGUGCUGAGGAUCCUAUCCGAUUCCGAGUGGCGCGGGAUCGGAAUCACCCAAAGCCUCGGCUGGGAGCACUACGAGGUCCAUGCUCCCGAGCCACACAUUCUGCUCUUCAGGAGGCAAAAGGAUUACCAGGAGAAGUACCUCAAUAAGCAAAAGUAGCGACCAAGGAAGGAUUGGUCGGAGAGAGGGUGGAGACUGUGCAGUUGGGCAGGCAGGCAAGCAGGUGAAAUAUUCAAUCUUGUAUUACCAC